CGUGUCAUGGAGGCUCAGUCUCGCAGCAGCCAUUGAAGGGGAAGGAACUGCGGGCGGGCGCGCGCGUGUCUCUCUCUCUCUCUCUCUGUGUGAAUGUGUGUGCGUGCCCGUGUGUGCGCGCGCGGGUGUGUGGACUAGAAGGUGGGGGCAGCCGAGUUAGUCCCAAGUCGUCGGACUCCAUUUGCUAUUCUUUUCUUUCUCCCCCACACCCGGGUGGUAGUGGGCGUUCGUCGUGACAGAGUUAGUCCUUGAUAACUGUUUGUGUGUCAAUGGGGAAAUUGAAGGCCUGAAUGAUACCUUUAAAGAACUGGAGUUUCUCAGUAUGGCCAAUGUGGAAUUAAGUUCCUUGGCCCGGCUUCCCAGCUUAAACAAACUUCGAAAGUUGGAACUUAGUGACAAUAUAAUAUCUGGAGGCUUGGAAGUCCUGGCAGAGAAAUGUCCAAAUCUUACCUACCUCAAUCUGAGUGGAAACAAAAUCAAAGACCUCAGUACAGUGGAGGCCCUGCAAAAUCUUAAAAAUUUGAAAAGUCUUGACUUGUUUAACUGUGAGAUCACCAACCUGGAGGAUUAUAGAGAAAGUAUCUUCGAACUGCUGCAGCAAAUCACAUACUUAGAUGGAUUUGAUCAGGAGGACAACGAGGCACCCGACUCAGAAGAGGAGGACGAGGAGGAUGGAGAUGAAGAUGAGGAGGAUGAGGAAGAAGAUGAAGCUGGGCCACCUGAAGGAUAUGACGAGGAGGAGGAUGAGGAGGAGGAGGAGGAUGAGGACGAAGCCGGUUCAGAAGUGGGAGAGGGAGAAGAGGAGGUGGGCCUUUCAUACUUAAUGAAAGAAGAAAUUCAGGAUGAAGAAGAUGAUGAUGAUUAUGUUGAUGAAGGGGAGGAAGAGGAAGAAGAGGAGGAAGAGGGUCUUCGGGGAGAGAAAAGGAAGCGAGAUGCUGAAGAUGAUGGAGAGGAAGAUGAUGACUAGAUCCCUCCAGGAUGAGGGUGCCUGGCGCUCCUGGGCGUGCAGUAGAGCGACCAUAUGUCUUUGUUUCUUCAUGUAUGAUAGCUGUCCCUUUAGGAGAUGAUGUGUAACUUUUUAUAGGAAAAGUGUGGUUUUACUGUCUUGGCCUUAUCAUUCCGAUUAAGAUUUGCUAGUCUGUUAAUCAUAAUGUAAGUAGAAAACAAUUUUCAUUCAUCUUCCCAUUGUGAAAUUCUCUAGCACUGUAUUUAGAAUCUGGAUUUUUAUAAUUCAUGCUUAAUGUAUUAGACAUUUUUAGCCCAUAAUUAAAACAUGGUUGCUUUUACA